AUGUGGAGUGCCGAGGAGGUGGAAAUCCUGGCGUUCACCCCUGUCGCCUUUUAUCAUAACGAUUACAACCGCAGAUAUCGAGCCAACUUCUCCAUGCGUCUCGCUGCCUUUGAAGGGUUCAAAUUUCUGUUCAAGCGCGCUGUUCUCAUCACCCAAUCUAUCUUAUCAUUAGCCCCAAUUCGAAAGCCAGUACAAUCACACUUUCGAUCUUGA